AUGGGCGAUAGCGGUGAACUUGCAUUUUCGCACUACUCUCAUCGAGAUCCACAACUUUUUGUUGCACCGCCAGGCUUCCACCCUAAUGCCACUUUCUUUGGCAUGCAAAAAGAGCUAAAGGUAUUGCAUAGCCGUCUUUUCAAGGCCAAGGAGCGUGCAGAUCGAACUAUGGCUGUUCUCAUUUCUGGAGUGCCAGGAUCUGGCAAGACACAUCUAGCGCGGCAAUACGUCUUCGUGCAACGCGAGUGCUACCCGGGAGGCGUAUUCUGGAUUGACGCCAAGUCUCGGGAGUCCUCAUAUAAAUGUUUCUGGGAGAUCGCACAAGCAGCCAGGCUGGUAGACCGCCAAGACGCCGAAGACCCCGCAUACUUAGAGGCCCAGACAUACGUGAACGCCGUUCGAAAUUGGCUUCAAACACGUCAUGAUUGGCUUUUGGUUUUUGAUGGCAUCAUAUUUGAUCAUGACGUGGACAUCGAUGAGUUCCAAUCGUUUCUUCCCUGGCAAAAGAGGUGUAGCAUCAUCUAUACCUCCGUUGACACCACCCUUCGGAAAAAACAACGGCUCUUUGAGCCAUACUGCUUGUCCACUCGUCCGCUGAAGGUUGAAGAUGCUUGUAGACUUCUUUACAAAGACCUUGGAAUCAAAAAGCCCACCCAGGAGCAGGCUCUUCGGGCUGUGGAGAUUGUGGAGCACUACGACUGCCUGCCUUUAGCUAUUCAUGCUAUCGGGCACCGUCUUAAUGCAACAGGCAAACCAAUUGAGAGAUAUCACGUCAAACACCAGGUGACCGAUAAAAAGCUAGCCGAGCCAUUCCUCAGCAUCAUGAAUGAUCUCUAUCGCUUGCAGCAAAAGCAGGCCCUGAACCUCAUCAAUUUGCUCUCGUUUCUGGGUCAUCAGGUUCCUGUUGGACUCCUCAAUCUCGGGAAACAAGCCAUGUCUGCCGAGAAUGUCGAGAUAUUGAGCAGUGCUCAGACCGGAGAGGACCCUGAUCUUGAUACCACGUUGGGGACUUUGAUUCACUACGGUCUAAUUGACCGGAUCUCGGAUUCAGAUCCGUUCUUUGUGCAAAAUGGAUCUGCACGACAGUCUGGCGAGAUUCCUGCAGAGGCCAAGCCUGUCCCUGAACUAUCCGAAUCUCUGACGGAAAGCAGCCAGGAGGGCUUUUUCUCUAUAUACCCCGGGAAUUCAGCCAUCGAUGUCGUAAAGAUUCAUAGCGUGGUACAGGGAUUUUGUCGAGACGAGCUUCGAAUCAAGGACGAGGAAUAUAAGGAUGCUAUGAGAAAAGAGGACCCCGGUUUCUACGAUUCAUGGCUAAUUGUUGCCACCCGCUUCUUAUGCAAAUCCUGGGAGGCUGCCAAAGAGAGAAUGACUCACUAUCAAGAUUGCGGACUAGUCCGUGACUACCGGGAAUAUGAAACUCAUGUAUCCCGUCUGGUUGAGCUCUUCCCCAAGAGACAGGAGCUUGGUACACACCCAGCGGUUCUUCGCGAAGCACGAGAAAGCUUGCGGCAAUUGAGGAGGAGUCUCAGUAAUGAAAUUGAUCGAAUGUCGCCCAGCUCUUCCCAGGAAUGCAGUGGCAACCAGAGAUCAGUUUUUGAUCGCUCAAGCAGCUCAUCAUCGUCAUUCCCCGAAUCCUCUACGGAUGAGGGUAUUUCGCGCGAGUCGACUUGGGCUUUUACUGAUUCAGGCUCUGCUCGAACGGAGUCUCCUGAAGCAGUAGUUGCUCCUCCACGAUUUAGAUUGGAUCUGUUUCCUCCUCACAUAUUUCGACAAGCCGGUCACGAGUCGGAAGAAGGGUAUGAAACGGACGGAGAAGCAAUGGAGGCGCCUCGGAUCUCUCCAGCGCUGUCACAGAUGAGCCAAGCUACUGAAAAGCCAAAGCGCUCUCCUUCCCCUUUAUCUUCCAGCCCUCCUAUAAAAUCUGAUGAGAAUCAGAGCUUGCAGGUGUUUGAUCGCCAAUCAAAAGCACGUUCUAUGAAGGCGAAGCAGCCAAAGCGACACACUCGAGGUCCCCGCCGGCUUCGUGGUACUAAGCCCGCUGCCCCGUUGGUUAAAGUUUCGACCGUCCAGGGAAGAGGAUCAUCCAGUCGCAAGCCUACAGAUGAAGGGGCUAGCUCUACAAUCUUGGCAUCGGCCGCUGAGCGAGCACUUGCAGCAGUCCGUCGGUCUAGCAAUGGCCAGGUAAUGGGCGAAAACAAAAAGCCCAACCCGAGUCCUCCGCAAACAGAAAAUGGAAACGUUGGGCCAAUUUAUGCGAAUAUUGUCGCCCACCGUAUGCUCGAGGCUGAAUCAAGGCGCCCAGCAUCCAUGCCUUUGCGACGAGGAGCUGACCCAGUUGGACUGCAAAUGAAACCAUCUGUGGAAUCUCUAGAUGGAAUUCAUAUGAUUGCUUCGCCGCUUUCGCACGAGCUGGUGCGCCAGGAGCUCCGCGCAGAGCCUUUAAAUCGAUCAGCAUACAGUGAUCCCGGUCGUGACUAUCUCAGCCAGCCACUGCGCGAGUUAGACUUACACACUGCACCCAAUUCCGUACUCAACUCUCGGCGCGCAUCUCUUGCAGCAUUUGAACCCACGCAAGAACUAUCCGCUAGUACUCCCUCACUUAUUUCAUACGGCCCGCUUCUUCCAUAUGAUGAUAACAUCACCAUCACAAGAUCAAGCCGCGCAAGGCAACAACAAAGAGCGUCAGCCCCAGUUUACGUACCACAACCUCAGAAUGCAUCAGUAAUUCACCCCUCUGCAAUAAUGCCUGGCGCAUUUCCUCUCUCAUUACCCUCUGAUGCACCAAUAUCGCUUUUCAACGAGCGACCCGGGCCUGAUGCACUUUCGCGUGGAUCAUCUGGAUAUUCAACACAAUCCUGGGCCACAGAACCAGUCCGCUAUCCGCCACAAUUCUCCCCCAUGCCGAGCUACCAGGUUCCAAUCGAAAUCUCGCGAAGCGCUACACCCAUGAUUCCACCACAGCAAACACUCCGCGGACGAUCCAGCUGGACUGGAGAAGCCAAUAGUGCGAUCCAAUCCGAUCUGCUUUACCCCGCUCCACAGGCUAAUCACCGCCGAGUGGGCUCAGUGGACGAACGGCUACAAAUAAUGAAACCAGAAUGGGACCCGGAGAUGGAGCCCGCCCAGAUACUCCAUCUUGGAAGCCAUCGUGUUGAUGUGAGAGAUGCUCGCCAACGGCUAUCGGAGUCGACUAGACUGCAGAUACCGCGACAUGUGCCAACAUAUCAACUGUAUCACCCUAAUAUAUCUGGUCCAUUAAUCCAAGAGGGUGGACAUGUCUUUGCACCUGCUCCACAGCUUGAGGUGUAUGGGAGGCGUGCAAGAAGUGGAAGCUCGCCUGCUCGUCCUGACUAUGUCGGGCUGGGUGUACGAUUUGCAUGA